AUGACUCCAUGUCACUACCCGCCCAACCCUGACAUCAGCAAUCAAGUGAAGUUGCGAUGGUUCCGAUUUGAUAAGGCAGACGGCAAAGAGGAAGGUUGCAGUCGUUUAAGCAGAACAAUUGCUGUAUGUCAGACAACGAACGCAAGUCAGCAAGACCGACGGCCCGUCUGCGUUAUCUGUCAGAGGCAGAGCCAACAGGAUGAAGGCCGACGGCCCGUGCUGGGAACAAUAUCUCGAGAUAACAUAUUCUUCUUGAAGCCAGUUGACAACCUUUAUGGGUGUCACAACAAGGAGACUGGCUACAUCAUGACGGCUGGACAAAAGGGAGUGAUUGUCAAGGUUGUCCCUGUAGCCCACGCGGACGAUACGCCACAUGCCACAUCACUAGACCACCAAUGGAUAAGCGUCGAGAAAGGGGCCUGA